AUGUAAUCAUAACAUGCUUAGAGUAUUUCUACUGGAUAUCUCCUCCAAAAAAACUAUAUAAAUAAACUUUAUACGCUUUCAGAUAGUGUCUGUUAAUAAAGAAAGAUUGUUAUUCCAAAACAAAUUAGUUUAGAUAAGGAAUAAUUAUAUGAGGAGUUAAUUCGAGAAAAAUAACAUCACAAGGCUUUGUAAAAUGAAAUAAACAAACUAAAAGCUAGACUAUAAUGUUAUGAAAAAGAUUUAGUUAUUUAAGGCGAGGUGGAUUAUAAAAGGGAAUUAAAAUAAGCAUUAAUAAGACUGAAAAAUAAAGAAGAAGAAGUUAUUGAAUUGACGUAGAGCACUAAUUAUAAAAAAUUUAUAGAGUUGGAGAGAACUAUAUAAUCAUUAAAAUAUGAAUUAGAAAAAUAUUAUGUAUAUGAAAAGUUUUAAGGAAGCACUGAGUCAAUAAUUAAUGAUAAUAUUGAAUUAUUCUAAAAAUUAUAAUAAUCCGCUUAACAAAUCAAGGAAUUAGAAAAAAUUAAAAUAGAGUAUUUCUCAAUAGCUAGAAAGCAUUAAUAGUUGUAACUUGUAUUAUAAGCAAAAGAUUAAUAAUUAUAAAAAUUUAGAGAGAGAGAUCAUUUAAGUGAAAUGAAUGUAAAGCAUUCUAAUAAAAACGAAUUUUAAUUAAGGGAAGAGUUAAUAACAAAGGAUGAAGAAAUAUCUCAUCUCAAAACCUAAUUGGCAAUUGCUAGAAAAACUAAUGCGGAAGAUAAAGCUCUUAUAGAUUAGACUCAAUAAGAACUUCAAUAAAAAAUAAAUUAGCAUGAGUACGAAAGACAGAAUUAUAAAGAGAGGAUCGAACAUUUGUAAAAAGAAAUUUAAUAAUUAUCUGAAAAAGCAAGAAAUUUUGAUAGAUAUUUGACUGUCAAUUAAAAGAGGAAAACUACCUAUGUUGAUGAUCAACAGUCAAAUUCUUAAUACACAUAAAUUUAAGAUAGUGAUUAAAUGGUGAAAAGCAUAUAAAAGAGCCAAGUAGAAGACAUCGCAACUGAACUCAAAUUGACGUUAAGAAAAAACAAUAUUUCUUUAUAAGAUGCAGAAAAACUAUUAUUUAAAGGAAAUGAAAUAUCAAUCUAAGAGUUGGAGUAACUAUUAGGAAGAGAGCCAUUUAAAGUAUUAAGUUCAAAUAUGUUAGCUAGGUAUAUGAUAGAGGAUAUUUAAGAUAAAGAAUUCGAGUAUAAUCCUGAAUUAAAAUCUCCUGUCCCUCACGUUAGAAGUGUAUUUCGAACAUUACUGUAACACUAUUCAGUGAACUUUGAUGAUUAAACACUUUAAACAGUAUCUAAGGCUUGUUUGUAAAUAUUCGAGUUUUGCACGAGAAAAAACAUUUCAAAACUAUACUAAUAAGAAUUGCUGGAUUGCAUUUCAUAAUUAGACUUACAAUGGAAUUCAAAAUGCUUUGAUUGUUUUCAGCAAUUAUAUUUUAAUAAAUUUAAAGGAUUCCUGCAAUUUGAUAUCCAAAAUAUAAAAAAAUUGUUUGAAGAAUUUGAGAUUUAGUGA